AUGGCCGGCUACUCAGGUAGCAACGGCUCCUCGAAUGGACUCCCCUUCACGGUGACUGCUCUGAAUCGUUGGUCCAUUGCAAACAAGCAACUUCCACCUGUCGAUAAGGUCAAGGUACUGCACGUCUACGACUUCGACAAUACACUCUUCAACAGCCCCUUACCCAACCCAAAGCUAUGGAACGGUCCGACCAUUGGCUUUUUGCAGUCGCAAGACACGUUAAUCAAAGGCGGCUGGUGGCACGACUCUAGAAUACUUGCUGCUACGGGUGAAGGCGUCGAAAGAGAAGAGCCCCGCGCGUGGGAGGGAUGGUGGAAUGAGCGAAUCGUCGAGCUCAUCCAAUUGAGCAUGAAGCAAAAGGAUGCCUUGACGGUAUUAUUGACUGGAAGAGGGGAGGCAAAUUUUGCCGAGCUCCUAAGAAAGAUUGUUGGGAGCAAAGGCCUUGAUUUUGAUCUCAUAAUCUUGAAGCCAGCAGCAGGCCCCAACAACCAACGGUUCUCAAGCACUAUACACUUCAAGCAAGUGUUCCUCGAGACUAUGGUGGAGACAUACAAAGGCGCCGAAGAGAUCAAAGUCUAUGAAGACAGGCAGAAGCAUGUUAAAGGCUUCAGGGACUACUUCAUGGACUACAACAGGCGUCAGAAUGUCACACCGACCCGAGGCCCUAUCACCGCCGAAGUAGUUCAAGUGGCUGACGGAGUCACGCAGCUGGAUCCCGUCAAAGAAACUGCUGAAGUACAGCGGUUGAUCAAUGAUCACAACCUCGCCAUCAGCCAAGGAGCACGUGGCAGGCGUCUUCAGAUCAAGAAGACAGUUUACUAUACUGGUUACCUCAUCAGCAACACUGACACUCAGCGAUUGCUUACCCUAGCUAACCUUCCUCCGACCAUGCCGGACACGGAGAUGAAAUUCCUGGCUAACAACGUUCUCAUUACACCCCGGCCUGCCCCUGGAAGCAUCUUAGAGAAAGUUGGUGGAAUGGGCAGCAAGGUUACCUGGGAAGUCACAGGAACCGCAGUCUUCGAAAAUAAGAUCUGGGCUGCCUGCGUACAACCCGUUCCUAUGACCAAAAAAUAUUACACGGAAAACCCAGUCCCGAUUGUGGUACUUGCUCUGCGCAAAGGCGCCAAGCCUAUUGACGCGGGUAAGAUCCAGAAUUGGCAACCUGUUCCCCCAGAGAAGCAGUAUGUUUUCGAGUCCACCGUUGGUGAGAAAGUCUUGCUUCGUAUCGAAGAUGAAGAUCCUCGAGAGAAUGAGUAUGAGAGCCUCUUCCCCAACAAGGCUUUUAAGAGGAAGCAUGCUCCUGACGAUGAGUCGUCUAGACGAGAGAGUGGGUCCUAUGGAAAUGGCUCGGGUUCAAGCGGUGGCAGAGGCGGCGGUUACCAGCAACGAGGCGGAAGAGGCAAUUAUAGAGGCAGUGGCUCGCAACGGGGCUAUCGUGGGGGCGGCAACAGAGGAAAUGGAGGUGGGCGUGGUGGAAGAGGCCGAGGUGGAGGCGGAGGCGGCCAACACUAUCGAUCACUUGAUGAUGUUGGGGAGAAAUCCAACAAUACUCCACCAACUUACAACGCUGCUGUUGCUUAUGAGGAUUUCCCACCAUUGCAGAAGCAGUAUCAAACCCCUCAGCAGCUUGUUCAGCAACAGUUUGAGCAGUAUCAACAGUACCAGCAGCAGAUUCAAGCCAAAGGUGGUAAUGCAGGGAAGCAGGGUGGCACUGGAGAAUUGCAGUACUUCUAA